AUGAAGUCGUAUGCCGCUGCCAUUGCUCAUCAUGACCUGCUCUCCACGACUGAUGGUACGGAGAAGCGUAGCGAUGGCACGCCCGUACUUUUCUUUACAAUAGUCCAAACUAACCCCAAGAUGCGAACGAUGGGUCACUUCCUGAAGAACUGUCCGGAGGUGGUUCUCUCCCAAUACGCGACCUGGUUCAACAACGGCACCGUCAUCACUCUCUACGACACGCUAGGCCCCGAAGCCCUCGCCACGGUCGUCAGCGAGUCCGAACUCAAAACCGUCCUCUGCACGCCCGCCUCCGGCCUCAUGCUUCUCAACUGCCUCCACACCGACCCUCAGCGCUUCCGCACGCUCUCCACGCUCGUGGGCGCCCUCUCCGACGAUCUCCGCAGCGCGGCGCAGCAGCGCGACAUCACGCUCUUCUCCUUCUGGGAGCUCGUCGACGCCUUCCAGCCCGACGCCGCGAGCUUCACGCCGUGCCGCCCCGCGGAGAGCGACCUCUGCAUGAUCUGCUACACGUCCGGAACCACCGGCGUGCCGAAGGGCGCGCUGCUGACGCACGGGAACAUGGUAGCGGUCUCCACGGCCGUCGUGGAGUACAUCGAAACCAUCGGCGGACUCGAGAACACCGACGCUCACAUCUCCUAUCUCCCCAUGGCCCACGUCUUCGAGCAUUUCGUCCAGUGCGGCGUCACCUUCUUCGGAGCCCGCAUCGGCUUCUAUCAGGGAGACACAACGAAACUCCUCGACGACCUGAAGCAUCUCCACCCCGCGGUGUUCCCGUCGGUCCCGCGGUUAUUCAGCCGGAUCACGGACAGCAUCCUGGCGAAGGUGCGGCAGACGGGCGGGAUCAGGAAGAUGAUGUUUGAGAUGGGUUUCGACGCGAAGAAAGAAUCGCUGCUGCGCGCGAAUCAGCUGCACGACGCGCUGUGGGACUCGCUGGUGUUCAGCAAGGUGAAGGCGACGCUGGGAUUUGACAAGAUCAAGUUCAUGGUGACGGGGUCGGCGCCGAUCAGCGAUGAAUGUCUGAUCGCGCUGCGCGUGAUCUUCGGCGUGCCGGUGAUCCAGGGCCUGGGGCUGAGCGAGACGGGCGGAGGCAUCUGCUGCAGCUUCAUGAUGGACCAGUCGACGGUGGGGCAUUGCGGAGGCAUCAUCUGCUGCUCGGAGGCGCGCCUGGUGUCGGUGCCGGAGAUGGGGUAUUCGGUGGAGGAUUCGGUGCAUGGUCGCGAAGUGAACGAGAAGGGCGAGGUGGUCAGCGAGGGUCAGCCGUGCUGCGGGCGCGGCGAGGCGUGCUACCGCGGUUAUAACGUGAUCAAGGGGUACUACAAGCGCGACGCGGUGAACCGAGAGACGUUCGACGCGGAGGGCUGGUACCACAGCGGCGACAUCGCGCUGUUCCGUCCGAACGGAGCGAUCCAAAUCAUCGAUCGGAAGAAGGACAUCUUCAAGCUGGCGCAGGGCGAGUACAUCUCGCCGGACAAAGUGACGGCGGUGUACAUGGAGUGCCCGCUGGUGAGCUCGGUGUUCGUGUACGGAGACUCGCUGCAGUCGUAUCUGGUGGCGGUGGUGGUGCCGGAUGAAGUGGAGCUGCGGAGAGCGCUGAGGAAGCAGGGAAUGGAGGAGGCGGACAUGGAGUUCGCGACGAUUUGUAAGAGGAAGGAGGUGAGGGCGGUGGUGAUGAAGGCGAUGAUGGAGACGGCGAACGCGUCGAAGCUGAUGGGAUUCGAGAAGGUGAAGAAUGUGUAUUGCGAGAGCGAGAUGUGGACGGUGGAGAAUGGAAUGCUCACGCCGACAAUGAAGUUGAAGAGAGAUUUCUCGAAGAAUCAUUAUAAGGAGAUUAUCCAGCAGCUUUAUAAUGAAGGAAUGAUGAAGGUCGAGAAUUGA